GCUGGGAUAUCAGCUGACUCGCGCUCGCGCCGGAGCUCGGCUGGUGCUGCCGCAGCUCACUCCGAUUCCCCGGCAGCGGCGGCGGCUGGCAGCGAGCGCGCGGAUUUACAGCCAGACCCCCGUCACCUCGCUGGUCCCCCCCGAGGCGAUGCUGCCCCAUUUAGCGCUCCUCCUGCUGGUCUGCUCCUGCACGGCCCGGGCUGUCGAGGUGCCUACUGAUGGAAACACUGGUUUGUUGGCAGAGCCCCAAAUUGCCAUGUUUUGUGGCAAACUCAAUAUGCAUAUGAAUGUUCAGAAUGGAAAAUGGGAAUCUGACCCCUCAGGGACCAAGACCUGCAUUGGAACAAAAGAAGGGAUUCUGCAAUAUUGCCAAGAAGUUUAUCCUGAAUUGCAAAUUACCAAUGUUGUGGAAGCCAACCAGCCUGUGACAAUCCAAAACUGGUGCAAGAGGGGACGGAAGCAGUGCAAGAGUCACCCUCACAUUGUGGUUCCCUACAGGUGCUUGGUUGGUGAGUUUGUGAGUGAUGCCCUUCUGGUGCCAGAUAAGUGCAAGUUCCUCCACCAGGAAAGGAUGGAUAUAUGUGAAACUCACCUGCACUGGCACACUGUUGCUAAAGAGUCCUGUAGUGAAAAGAGUAUGAAUCUGCAUGAUUACGGUAUGCUGCUGCCCUGUGGAAUUGACAAGUUCCGUGGUGUGGAGUUUGUUUGCUGUCCAUUAGCAGAUGAAAGUGACAAUGUUGAUUCAGCUGACGCUGAGGAAGACGAUUCCGAUGUCUGGUGGGGAGGUGCGGAUGCAGAUUAUGCAGAUGGAAGUGAUGACAAGGUGGUAGAAGAGCAGCCGGAGGAAGAGGAGGAAGUAACGGACGUGGAGGACGAAGAUGCUGAUGCUGAUGACGAUGAUGGUGAUGAGAUUGAAGAAGAGGCAGAGGAACAGUACGAAGAGGCCACGGAAAGAACUACCAGCAUUGCUACCACAACCACCACUACUACCGAAUCGGUAGAAGAGGUUGUUAAAGUCCCCACCACAGCCGCCAGCACUCCUGAUGCUGUUGACAAAUACUUGGAGACACCUGGUGAUGAGAAUGAGCAUGCCUAUUUCCAGAAAGCCAAGGAGAGACUCGAAGCCAAGCAUCGUGAAAGAAUGUCUCAGGUCAUGAGGGAAUGGGAAGAAGCGGAACGCCAAGCAAAGAACUUGCCAAAGGCUGAUAAGAAGGCUGUUAUCCAGCAUUUCCAGGAGAAAGUGGAAUUACUGGAACAAGAAGCGGCGAAUGAGAGACAGCAGCUAGUGGAGACUCACAUGGCCAGAGUGGAAGCCAUGCUGAAUGACCGUCGCCGCAUUGCUUUGGAGAACUAUAUCACAGCUCUGCAAGCCGUCCCUCCCAGACCUCGCCAUGUGUUCAAUAUGCUGAAGAAGUACGUGCGUGCAGAGCAGAAAGACAGACAGCAUACCCUCAAACACUUUGAACAUGUCCGCAUGGUGGAUCCAAAGAAAGCUGCCCAAAUCAGAUCUCAGGUUAUGACACACCUACGUGUGAUAUAUGAGCGCAUGAACCAGUCUCUUUCCCUUCUCUACAACGUACCAGCGGUUGCUGAGGAGAUUCAGGAUGAAGUGGAUGAACUGCUUCAGAAAGAGCAAAACUACUCCGAUGAUGUCUUGGCCAAUAUGAUCAGUGAGCCCAGGAUCAGCUAUGGAAAUGAUGCCCUCAUGCCUUCAUUGACUGAAACUAAAACCACAGUUGAACUUCUUCCAGUUGAUGGAGAAUUCAGCCUAGAUGACCUUCAGCCAUGGCAUCCUUUUGGUGUUGAUUCUGUCCCAGCCAACACUGAAAAUGAAGUUGAGCCAGUUGAUGCCCGCCCAGCUGCAGACAGAGGACUGACCACAAGACCAGGUUCUGGGUUAACCAAUGUUAAAACUGAAGAGAUCUCUGAAGUAAAGAUGGAUGCAGAGUUCCGACAUGAUUCAGGAUAUGAAGUGCAUCAUCAAAAAUUGGUAUUCUUUGCUGAAGAUGUGGGUUCAAACAAAGGUGCCAUCAUUGGACUAAUGGUGGGAGGUGUUGUCAUAGCAACAGUCAUUGUCAUUACUUUGGUGAUGCUGAAGAAAAAACAGUACACAUCCAUCCAUCAUGGUGUAGUGGAGGUGGAUGCUGCAGUGACACCAGAGGAACGCCACCUUUCCAAGAUGCAACAAAAUGGCUAUGAAAAUCCAACCUACAAGUUCUUUGAACAGAUGCAGAACUAGAACACCACAAUAGCCUCAUGAGUUGGACAGCAAAAUGAUUGCUUCACUGCCCAUCGGUGUUCGGUUAUAGAAUAACGUGGAAAGAAACAAAAACACUCUGUUUUAUUAUUUACUCAUUAUCGCCUUUUGACAGCUGUGCUGUAACACAAGUAGAUGCCUGAACUUGAAAUAAUAAAAAUCAGUAAUGUAUUUUCUCUCUUUACAUUUCAGUCUUUACACUACAUUAUUAAUGAAUGUUUUUUGUGUACUGUAAAGAGUUUAGCUGUAUUUAACUAGUGCAUGGAUAGAUUCUCUUUCCCAAUUAUUUAUCAUGUGGCCCCUUAGCCAACUGUAUAUUAUUCUUGUGAUUUGUGGCAAAAAUUAAGUCCUACUUGAAAUAUGCUUUAAAGAAUUGAUGGGGGAUGCUUCCUGUGUCUUAGCUGCUUCUCUUUGCUGAAUUUUUUUUUUCUGAUCACGAGGCAUUUUAAAGUAAAACUACUUUUUUUUAAAAGUAUUCCAGAUGAGUUAUUUUCUUCUGCAGUUGCAUUUUAUUGUACAGAUGGUUGCUUCUGCUGUAUUAGUGAUGUAGAAAUCAUGGGAAUACACAUUCGUUUCUUUGUGCCUGUUUUAUGUGCACACCUUAGGCAUUGGAAGGUAAACUUCUUUUCUUUUCCAUGUACCUUUUUGAUCUUUUAAUAAAAAUUAAAAAUGAAAAA